GCUGUCGGCUCGGCGGGCGGUGCCCGGACGCAGGUGCCAGCCCGAGUGGGGCUAGUAUCGCUGACGGGCCCGGCCGGGCCGGGACCCGGGCCGGGGUGUGCGGAGGGGCCUGCGCGGCCGCCCGGCCCGGCCGCGGAUCAGGCUCCUGGGACCAUGGGCCUCAAGCCCUGAGGACGUGGGUCUCCCUGUGGCCAUGACGACGGGCGACUGCUGCCACCUCCCCGGCUCCCUGUGUGACUGCUCUGGCAGCUCUGCCUUCCCCAAGGUUGUGGAGGCUGCAGGCCUCGGGCCGCCCCAGUACGUGGCACAGGUGACGUCGAGGGAUGGCCGGCUCCUCUCCACUGUCAUCCGGGCCUUGGACACACCAAGUGAUGGUCCCUUCUGCCGGAUCUGCCAUGAGGGGGCGAAUGGGGAGAGUCUGCUGUCUCCGUGUGACUGCACUGGCACACUCGGCGCUGUGCACAAGAGCUGUCUGGAGAGGUGGCUUUCUUCGUCCAACACCAGCUACUGUGAGCUAUGCCACACAGAGUUUGCGGUGGAGAAGCAGCCCCGGCCCCUCAUAGAGUGGCUGAAGGACCCAGGGCCCAGGACGGAGAAGCGGACGCUGUGCUGCGACAUGGUGUGCUUUCUGUUCAUCACGCCUCUGGCCGCCAUCUCAGGCUGGCUGUGCCUCCGGGGGGCUCAGGACCAUCUCCGUCUCCACAGCCAGCUUGAGGCUGUGGGGCUCAUUGCCCUCACUAUUGCCCUUUUCACCAUCUACAUCCUCUGGACACUGGUCUCCUUCCGCUACCAUUGCCAGCUGUACUCUGAGUGGAGAAGGACCAACCAGAAAGUCCGCCUGAAGAUCAGGGACAUGGAUGGCUCCGAGGGCACCCAGCACUGCUCACUCGCAGCUGGACUCCUGAAGAAGGGGGCAGAGGAGACGCCUGUGUGAAGGUCGAGCCAUCAGGGCCCUGCCCUGGGGACAUCCUGGCAUUUGGAAGGACAGAAACUGCCCAACCCUUCCUGCACGGCUAGAAUGCUUCUAGGCCCAGAGAUGCCAGGCAGAGCCUGUUCUGUGGUCCUGUGUGAAUACAUUUUCAGCUUUUUUGCACACUGUUGUACACAAUGAGGACAGAUGGAUGUGGUCCUGAGCUCUGGACAGAGUGGGCACCCUGAUCUCAUUCUGAGGUCCACUAGGCACCUUUUCAGGCCAGCAGCCAUGGCUGGCGGGUCGAGGGUGCCCUCCAGCCCAUGAGGGUCUGGCCAGCUUCUUGCGCUUUUCUGCACUUGGCAGACUUGCUUUCCUGGCACUCUUGACUUUAUAAAGUCACACUGCAUUUCAAAAAACCCACCCUGGAUGAAUAAAAGGCACUCGUGCUGGGUGAAAUGGACUUAUCAGUUACUUUUCUGAGGCAAGGCCUCCGAGUGAGGGGCAUGGGACCCAAAGGCAAUCGGGCCACUUGGAGGUAAAAAGGCCCUCAGCUUGUUUUGAGGGAUCUGUCACAGAAAACACAGACAGAAGCCAACUCUGAGCUUUUAAGGGAAGAGCAGGUAGUGGGGUUAUAUAAUAAAUCAUCUUAAAAAUA